AUGAUGGGCUAUCUCGGAAAACCUAUCCUAGGGCUACAUUAUGACCCCGAAAAUGGAUUUUUCGCCCCAUUUCAAAAUCCCAAAUACAAAUUCUUGUCUCUACCAGCAGCUUUCCCCCAUCGUUUUUACCAACACCCCACUUCUCUCUGCCAUUUCAUUUCGCCAAUCCUUUGGCGGGCCCACCUCCCGUUUCCACUUAUCGACGACGACCUUGUGAGGCCGAGUAAUUUGGCCCACCGCUUUGUUUAUGUGUUCCUCCUCGGCCCCAUCCCCACUUCUUCAUCGCAUCAGUUGCUUACCAACCACCAUCUCUUGAAAUACCCUUCAACCUCAAUACACAUCAACCUUACCUACCUGUCAAACAUGAGCCGUCGUCUUCGCUCCGUGACCAUUUCCACCAAGGAGAAUGUCCCCGACCUCGCACCACCUAAACGGGGACGGCGUGCUUCCGUCCAUGCAUCUUCCACCCCCGACUUUCAAGUUGCCGAGCCAGUCGCACCUUUCACUCAGGCCAACGACACCGGCAAUCAAGAAGAUGGGCAAACCCAAGUUAAGUAUGGGCCGCCUAAGAAGAAGACGGCUAUCCAUGCCCCUGCCAACGAUGCCGCCACCCAAGAAGUGGGGAAAACCCAAGUGAAGUCUGGGCCUCCCAAGAAGAAGACUGUUGCUGCCGUAGAGGGACAACGGCGCCCUUCAAAUGCUCAGGUCUUCGAUGGUGUGCACAUCCAAGCUAGGGUGCAGCUUUCGAGGAAUGUUGCCACUGAAGCGGCUGUUCGACCUGCCAACGACCCAGCUUCUGAGGCUGCAGGCCAUCCAGAUGCUGUUCGCUCCGGCGUUGUUGGGCCAGGGCAUGUUCCACACAAGUCCAAACCUGCUCCUGUGCUCAGAACAUACGGCCGUAAAGCCUUGUCUGCUCAACCUACGGCCCCUGCUGCCAUCGCCACAAAUGCGGGCAACAGUGACCACACACUAUCGGACUUAACCCCAACGUGUUCGGACGAGGACGACAUCACGCUGCCUGACCAGCCAGAAGGCGCCAAUAGUUAUUCAAGCUUCGACGUCAACGAUCUACCUUCAACCGGAAGGGAACUCACCAGCAUCCGCGAUGAAGACUUUCAUCCAAGGUCAUUGACAAUCCACGACCUCGACUACGACGAGGUCCAGGAAAUCUACGCCGACAAGACCACCCAGUACUACCAUGGCCGCGAGAUGACAGAAGGCUGCCAGACUGCAGCCGACUGGUUCACUAAAUAUUUGGACGACGACACCAAGCAGUGGCUCCCGAUCCCGCAGGGCUUUACAGCCCCUCACUUGCCUGAGAACUACGUGGACGCCCUCAACAUUUUGAGGGAAGAAGACGAACUGCACGUCAACUCGUACGUCAUCGAGCCUUGGGAUGGCGGGCACCACCACUAUCAAGGGUCUUUGCCCCAACGCGGGGAGCAGGAUGCCGCGGAUCGAUUGAUCCAGGUCUUUUUGGAGGAUUCGGAGGAGUACGUCCCCAUUCCUGAGGGGUACACUGCUCCUCGGGAACCUUAUGACCACAUCGAUGCCCUGAACUGGGAGAAGAUCGCCCAUGAGAGAGCUCGACACCGCCAAAUCUUGGCUUCGCAGGGAGUCCCUGAAAGCGACAUAAGUGGCUCGGAUUGGGAACUUGCUGAGCUCUUUACUCUCCUCCACCUAUUCCUACCGGACUCCUACUGGACUCCCAGAUUCCUACUGGAUUCCUACUGGACUGGACUAGGACUGGGACAAUUUUUAUGUUGGCUGAUCACCAUACAAUUUUUGUGUCCCAGUCCUAGUGGAGUCCUAGUAAAUUCCUACUGGAAUGGUCCCAAAUCACAAGGAAUUGCGGAUUCCUAA